CAUGCUCAAAACCAAGCUUGUGGGAAUUCAAACGCUUCCCAAUGGCUACUCACAAAGUUUUAGGUUCAGUUUUCUUUGUGUUGUUAGGUUUAGGCAUAUGCUCUGGCACUAGAGCGCUCCUCAAUCUUGACUAUGGCCUUGGCCACGGAGGAGGAGGGGGCUCAGGGGGAGGGUACGGAGGUUUAGGUGCGCACGUUGGAACCUACGGAGGUGGUAGUGGUGGCGGAGAAGGUGGGGGUGUUGGCGGAGAAGGUGGGGGUGUUGGCUAUGGUGCUGGUGGUGGACACGGUGGUGGUGGAGAUGUUGGUUAUGGUGUUGGAGGCGAGCAAGGUGUGGGAUAUGGAAGUGGUGCUGGACAAGGUGGUGGUGCUGGACAAGGUGGUGGUGCUGGCUAUGGUGCUGCUGGUGGGUAUGCAGGUGGCGGCGGAGGUGGUAGCGGCGGAGGUGGUGGAGUUGGUUAUAGUGUGGGAGGUGAUCAUGGUGUAGGAUAUGGAAGUGGUAGUGGCAUAGGUGGUGGAGUAGGAUAUGGGACUGGUGGUGAUCAUGGUGCAGGAUAUGGUGGAGGUGGUGGCAGUGGAGGUGGUAAUGGUGGUGGAUAUGGUAGUGGAGGUGAACAUGGUGCUGGGUAUGGAGGUGGUAGUGGUGGUGGCGCUGGUGGUGGUGCUGGUGGAGGUGAACAUGGUGCUGGGUAUGGAAGUGGUAGUGGUGGUGGCGCUGGUGGUGGUGGUAGUGGAACUGGUGCUGGCGGAGGUGGAGGUUAUGGUUCAGGAGGAGCACAAGGAGGGGGAUAUGGUGGAGGUGAAGGGCAAGGAGGUGGUCAUGGAGGUGGAGCCGUUGGCGGAUACGGCGGUGUUGGUGGAGGAGGCGGUGGUGGAAGUGGUGCUGGAGGAGGUGGAGGUUACGGUUCAGGAGGAGCACAUGGAGGGGGAUAUGGUGGAGGUGAAGGGGAAGGAGGUGGUCAUGGAGGUGGGGCCAUUGGUGGAUAUGGCGGUGUUGGUGGAGGAGGAGGAGGUGGAAGUGGUGCUGGUGGAGGUUAUGGAGGAGCACAAGGAGGAGGAUAUGGCGGAGGUGAAGGAGGUGGCCAUGGAGGUGGAGCCAUUGGUGGAUACGGCGGUGUUGGUGGAGGAGGAGGUGGUGGAAGUGGUGCUGGUGGUGGAGGAGGUUAUGGUUCAGGAGGAGCACAUGGAGGGGGAUCUGGAGGAGGAGAAGGAGGUGGCUACGGGGGAGGAGCCACAGGUGGCUACAGUGGUGGCGGUGGCGGAGGCGGCUCUGGCGGUGGAAGUGGUGGUGGAUAUGGUGCUGGAAAUGUGCAUGAAGGUGGCUACGGAGGUGGUGGAGGUCAGGGUGGUGGCCAUGGUGGUGGAUAUGCUCCUUGAGAUCAGCAUCUUUCGAUUGCUAUUCACUCUCCAAAGAGAUUAUCUUCUCACCGAAGGUGGUGUGGAAAUAGGAGACUAAUUGGUUUAAUUAAUUAGGAUCCAAGUUUACAAUAAUUAUUAUUGUUAUUAUUAAAAUGUUUAUUUACUGAAUGCUGUCAUGAAGUUGUAUCAGAUUAUUAUAUAACUAAUGCGAUUCCACUUUGCCUCUUAAGUUUCA